CAGUAUUCGAUUCGAAAGGAGCCGAGCUUUGAGCUGCUGGGUCAGCGCUUCGACUCUGCUGCUAUUCUCUCCAACCUUGACGCCCUCACUUAUCACCCCGAGUCAUCGGCCAGAUCUCCGCCUCUGCUACAAAGCUCAUCGCCAUCGGUCCCGCCUCCGACCUCACCAUCGUUCAACCCUCCUCGAGAGCUCCCACCAUCCGACCCUCCUCAAAGCUCAACACCCCGCGUCGGCUUCGCCAAUCCCAACAUCGCUUUAUCUCAAAGCCUCGCGGCCACGGGCAGGCAAAUGGACGAUAUCCCUCAACCCCGCGCCGACCUGGGCAUGCGAAGUCCGCGGCAGAGACUAAGCGACGAGGCCAAAGAGGGUAAGCUGAGGAAGAAGUCGGGCUUUUCGAGUUUUGUGAAUAAUCUGGUGGGCACCCCGCGCAAGCCGACCAUCUCUGCGCCGGAGAAUCCCGUGCAUGUGACGCAUGUGGGAUAUGACCAAGAGACGGGGGAAUUCACUGGGCUACCGAAGGAGUGGCAGCAAACUCUACAGGCCAAUGGAAUCUCUCUACAAGAACAGCAAAAGAACCCGCAAGCCCUCUACGAAGUCGUGACAUUUUUCAAUGAGAACCUCGAGCAACCGACUAACGAGUCCACGUAUCACAAAUUCGAUCAUGCGCGUCCCGAUGACCACCUCUACAAUCCGAGUCCAUCACCACAACCCGGCGGACUUUCACCGAACCUUGCAUCGAGUGUAUAUGGGAAUGCCUUUAUGAGUCCUCCAGCGAGUCCGCGGUUCCCAAAGAAUGAAGGAGAAAGCUUCGAGAAUCCACGAGCCGCUCCACCAAUACCGGGUGGUCAGCCUCAAGGUCUCGGCCUCGGCCUUGGCCUCAGAUCGCCCUCUGGUCCUUCUUCAAAUGGCACUUUGAUGCCUCUUCGACCAGCUCCGAAACCUCCGCAAGCAUCUUCGGCGGGCGCGACCCCUCAACGAGUACCUCCGCCUGUACCGAGUCCUCAAAGAGAUCCACCUCGAGCGCCGGAGGAAGAUCUGCAACCGAGUAGAUACAACCAAACAUUGGUGCCAGAUGUACCUUACGAUAACCAGCCUGCCCCGAGUCGAAGUCGAUCCAAUACCGGCAAUAACGCCGGUCACCCCGCUCUGUCGCCAGCGCCGCCCAUCGACCCACAAGAACAGUACCAACUCCAGCAGGAGCAAGCGAUGAAAGUCGCCCAACAAGCACUCAAGCAGCAGGCAUACGAACAGCAACAAACCCACCGGCAGCAAGGCCUCCGCCAGCCUCACCAACAUGCGCCGAACUCCUCCGAGAAGGCGGCCCACCAUACGAACACGGUUGAUCCUAAAGUCGCAGCGCAACCCAGACUUAGACAACGACCACGACAGUCCGUGACCAACGCGGAGAUUAUCGGCAGGCUGCAGACGAUAUGCAAUACUUCCGACCCCACGAAGAAGUACCGCAACCUAGUCAAGAUUGGCCAGGGUGCCUCGGGAGGAGUGUACACUGCGUUUGAAGUCGGCACCAACCGAUGUGUUGCGAUCAAGCAGAUGAAUCUGGAGCAGCAGCCGAAGAAGGAUCUCAUCAUCAACGAAAUCCUCGUGAUGAAAGACAGCCGACAUCGCAACGUGGUUAACUUCAUGGACAGCUUCCUCGUCAAAGGCGACCUGUGGGUGGUGAUGGAGUACAUGGAAGGCGGCAGCCUGACCGAUGUGGUGACGUUCAACAUGAUGAGCGAGCCGCAAAUCGCCGCCGUGUGUCGGGAAACGCUGCAAGGCCUCGUCUUCCUGCACUCCAAGGGCGUCAUCCAUCGCGACAUCAAAUCCGACAACAUCCUCCUCAACCUCGAGGGCAAUAUCAAACUGACGGACUUUGGCUUCUGCGCGCAGAUCAACGAGGCCCACACGAAGCGCACCACCAUGGUCGGCACGCCGUACUGGAUGGCGCCGGAGGUGGUGACGCGCAAGGAGUACGGGCAGAAGAUUGACAUCUGGAGUCUGGGCAUCAUGGCUAUUGAGAUGAUCGAGGGCGAGCCGCCGUAUUUGACCGAGUCGCCUUUGCGGGCGCUGUAUUUGAUUGCGACGAAUGGGACGCCGACGAUUAAAGAGAAGGAGAAUUUGAGCGGGACGUUUGCUUCGUUUUUGGAUUGGUGCUUGGUCGUGGAUCCGGAGAAGAGGGGGAGUGGGGAGCAGCUUCUGAGGCACGACUUUAUCCAGCUCGCGUGCGACCUCAUCCACCUCGCGCCCCUGGUCAAGUCGGCGCGCAUUGCCCGAGCGGAGGAGAAGAAGAACAAAGCCAGUUAGGGAGCACACGACUUUAUGCCGCCGGAGUUUUGAGGCGGCCACUAGAUUCUGAUUUUGAUGAUGACACACGAUUGUCGCGCUCACUUUUUCCUUGCUCGCUUGCCCUGGCGCACUACCCACCGUCACCCCUUUUCGUUUUGCUUUUGGGAAAAGUCUACAUGUUCUUGGAAUACUAUACACUCGAUGUAACGAACACACACGCACACAAAGGAAGGAGUUGAGCAACGAGAAAGGGGAAUCGCGAGCAGAGGAGUCUUUUUCGGCGUAUCAGGCUGGCGAUGGAUGGCGAUGGAGGGCUUUCUUGGACUAUACACCUGUCGCAUGCACGGCCUGGAGAAGGAGGGAUGUGGAGUGAGCUGGGGGUCAUUGCUAGGACGUAGCAGGUACAUGUACCAGAUGGUUGUUGAUG